CUUAAAAAUUUUGUUGAAUCUGUUUCUGACAUUUUAUCUUCGGUGAUGGAUGAACUUCAUAAGAAGUUGAGUGGUAAAGAUGUUUUGAUGGAACAAGUGCCGAAAGAUGAUGAUGAUGUUGACAAAAAGGGCAAGGGUCACAUGGAACCUGAGCCAAAAGGUGAUGAUAUUGUUGAAAAAAGUGACAAUGUUCACAUAGAACCCAAGCAAAAAGGUGAUGAUGUGGCUGAAAAAGUGGACAAGGGUCACAUGGCACCUGAGUUUUCAUAUGUUCAUGAUGACUAUGUUCUUGAAUCUCCUUCAUUUGAUCUAGGAGUUGGCUCCUCACAGACACCUAAAAGCUCUGAUGAUACAUUUUUUGCUAGUAAAGAAGUGCAGGAUCAGGUUGAUGAGGCUAUUGCACGUGUGUUGGAGUCUACUGAACUUCAUUGUAAAGAUGAAGAAACACAUGCACCACCAUCAUCUGGACUACCUGUGAAGAGAGCACAAAAGCCAUCGAAAACUCUGCAGUCACCUUUUGUUAAGGUCGAUCCACGUCAUGCUGCUACUGGAUCAAAAUCUAUCACUGUAAACGUCGUGUUCCAAAAUUAUUCGAAAGGAGUUGAUAGCACAGACCUGAGUUCAUUUAAGAAUUGGUUUGACAGAGGAUACAAACCCAAGAACAAGUAAAUUAAACGUAGAUUUUAGUGUUUUUAGUGAAUUGUGACCUUCCAUUUCUU